AUGGGGAAAAAUAGCUCCUCUGAUAGAAUUAGCAUAACUACCCGGAGAAGAUCUUCCUCUCCCUCUGGAAUUACUCCCACCUCUAACAUUCAUUUUGACUCUCCUAUUCUUGUACUUAAUUCCGGUGGUGGUGACGGUGGUGGAGAUGGUGGAUGCGGGGGUGGAGAUGAAGGUGGUGGACAUGGAAGGGUUAAUGGAGCAACAAUUUCAGCAGAUUCAACAGAGGAAAUCGGGGAAGAUGAUGGAGGUGAGGACGACGGAGGUGGAGGUGGUGGAGGAGGAGAAGAUGAAGAAGGAGAAGGUGGAGGUGGGUUGGAUUCGUUGGUUGUAGAUACGGUGGAGGCAUACAUGGAGGGGCGGUGGACAUGGAGGGGCGGCGGACAUGGAUGGGGUGGCGGCAUGAAGUUGCUGGUAGUGAAGGUGGAGGCAGGCUGGGUUGGAGGAGAAGGUGGGGUUGUGGGAGAAUUUAGUAAUACUCUCCUUAGAGUUUAG